UUGUCGGCAAAGCUCAACCCAAGCUACGGAUACGUGGCGCACAAGCCCGACACCAAGGAGAUCAUCGCCAGCUGGCGCGGCAGCACAGUGUUCAUGGACUUUGUCAAGGACCUGACAUUCGUGCCGGUCUCGUGGCCGGCAGGGAUUCCGGGCUCCAAGGUGCACUUGGGGUUCCUGCAGGCGUACCAGGCAGCAGCCCAGAGUAUCGAGGUUGAGAUCAGCAAGCUGGUUGCAAAGUUUCCGGAUUACAGCAUUGUGAUUACCGGGCAUUCUCUUGGAAGCGCACAGGCGACGCUGGCGACAGUGGACUUGGCGCUACGGCACCCAGAGUGGGUUGGAAAAAUGAAGCUGUUCACGUAUGGCGAGCCGCGGGUCGGCAAUCCGGUAUUUGCGGCGUGGCUCUCUCAGCAGGCGCUCCCUAUCUACCGUGUUGUGUAUGGCGGCGAUAUGGCACCGCGUCUGCCGUUCCGGUUCAUGGGGUUCGAGCAUCAUUCGCAGGAAGUGUGGUAUGACAAGAGCGGUGCGCUGAGGUUCCAGGGCAGCAAUGGCGAGAGCCCGUACGGACAGAAUAGCCUGACAGUGCUGCAGUGGGAUGCAACUGUGCACUACAAGUACCCUGGCCUU